GCCAGGUAGCCGGCAGAGAUGCCAAGUAUAGCAGAAAGCUCUUCUAGGUGAGGUCGCGGGGUGGUAAACAUGGUGGAGAAGUCCCCUCAGCCCUUGGCAAUAGGGGCAUCUAAAUAACAAAGACAAAGGAUCUAAAGCAAAUCACAGAGGAGAAACAGCAGCCAGCAAUAACAGUCAAAGGGGAGGGGGAGUGAGGUCUCAAGUCCCUCUGUGGCAGAAAAGGAGAUAUUAGAUGAUACAAGGAGCUACUAACAGAUUGUAAGCAGCAGAUCUGCAUUUCCCUGGGCACAUUCUUCCCUCACUGAGCUCCGGCACUGCAUUUGGAUGCCAUGGGUAACAGUUUGUCCAGCAGCAUCCCUACAUUCCCCAGAGGAGGUCAGACCAGAAUCCACAGGGUCCAUCAGCAGCACCACCUUAAAGAUUCUAUAGGUGGAACAUUUCCAGCCUCCUCGCAUCGAUGUCAUCACAAGCAGAAGCAUUGCAUGCCUAUGCCACAAUGUGGGGGCUUAGUGAUCAGUCCUCUCCUUUUCCAUCCCCAUGCCAAGGGGUCCCAGAUCAUGAUGGACACCGCACAUAAAGCAGUCAAGAGGCAGGCGAGUUUCUGUAAUGCCAUCACCUUCAGCAACAGGCCAGUAGUCAUACACGAACAAGUGCGGCUUAAGAUCACGAAGAAGCAGUGUUGCUGGAGUGGAGCUCUCAGACUUGGGUUUACAUCAAAAGAUCCUUCAAGGAUUAACCCUGACACCUUACCCAAAUAUGCCUGUCCUGACCUUGUGUCUCAGAGUGGGUUCUGGGCCAAGGCACUGCCAGAAGAAUUUGCAAAUGAAGGAAACAUCAUAGCUUUCUGGGUGGAUAAAAAGGGCCGAGUAUUUUAUAGGGUCAAUGAUUCUGGUGCAAUGCUCUUCUUCAGUGGAGUGCGGACCACAGAACCGCUCUGGGCUUUGAUUGACGUUUAUGGGUUGACACGAGGUGUAGAAUUACUGGAGAGCGAGAUUAUUCCACCUGACUGUGUACGGCCAAGAUCUUUCACCUCUAUCCCCCGUCCAUCCCUACGAAGAGAAACAGAAGAUACCCGCUUGUCCGUCAGCUUGUGUGACCUGAAUUUACAGGAAGAAAACUUUCAGUCUAUGACAGCAAUGUGUCCUAUUCCACAGAACUCUCUCAACUCACAGCAUUCCCAUCUAUUACCAUCACAGUUGGAGAGUGAUCUCCGGUUUCAUCAGCUCCGAGGGGCCCAUAUCAAGACUUUAGAUGACCAAACGGUGGCCAGGCUGGAGCAUGCCCGAGAAGAGAGGACUUUAGUCUUCACCAAUAGAUCACUUAGAAUAAAUGAAACCAUCUUUGUCAAGAUAAACAAAUCGAAUUCCUCGAGGUCCGGUAGUCUGUCUUAUGGAGUGACAUCUUGUGAUCCCAGCACUUUGAGACCAAGUGACCUUCCAUAUAAUCCAGAGUCAUUGGUCGACAGAAAGGAAUUCUGGGCUGUCUGUCGAGUGCUGGUUCCUCUUCAGAGUGGGGACAUCUUGGGGUUUGUGAUAAACGCAGAGGGUGAACUACAUUUGAGUCAUAAUGGUGUCAGUACUGGAAUGCAAGUAUGUGUGGACUGUUCUCAGCCUUUGUGGAUGUUCUUUGGUCUACAUGGAGCCAUCAUGCAAAUACGCAUAUUGGGGUCCACACUAGCAACUGAUCUCAGAGAGCCAUCGACUCCAAGUUCUCCUACAUCUGUACCAAACAGUCCUACAGCUCUGUGCAGUGGCAGUUCUGAUCCUGUACUCAACAAUAGUGGCCCAGGACCCCUGUGUAACUCCAUAAAUGGAACAGCUCCAAACUCUCCAGUGAGCAUGCCCGAAUCACCAAUCUCACCAUCCGUCUCAGGAUCCUGGAGCGAUGAGUGUACCAUCUGUUACGAGAACCUGGUAGACACGGUCAUCUACUCCUGUGGACAUAUGUGUUUGUGCUACACAUGUGGCCUGAAACUCAAGAAGAUGAACAAUGCCUGUUGUCCUAUUUGCAGACGUCUAAUCAAAGAUAUCAUCAAGACGUAUCGCAGCAGUUAGGGUUUCGAAUAAGUUGUUUUCGUCAACAUUAAGGCAACAUUUUAAAAUUUUUAAGAUAAUCUUGAAGAAUUCAGAGGCACUUAAAUCUCACAGUGUCCAUAACGUUUCAACUCUGAAGUCAGCGAUUCUGGAAAAUAAGAUAUCAGGGAAGCAUAAUCUCGUGAUCAUCCAUCAUCCUAUUUAAUAAAAAAAACUUUGUACGGAGGUUUGAUAUGGAUCACUGGAGCUUUUGGAUUUUUUAAAUCAUCUGAAUUUAGAUCUGGCUGUUUUAUCUUAUUUUAAAGGAGUUGGAGAUCAUGUUGGAGGCCAACUAUUUCCACCAAGAAUAUCGAGCAAUAGUUGCUUAGAAUGCCAGUUUUUUUCCUUGAGACGCUGACCUUUUUAUGGUGUGUAAGUGUAGAUAUUGGAAACUUUUUGUGUUGCAAAUUACCGCCUAGAAAGAUUUGAGCCAUAGUAGGUUAACCAAUGUUUUUUAUGUCAACAAAAAUAAGUAACAGGUACACAACUAGAUAAUAUAUGUGAUAGCUUUGGCCCAUUACAAUGUUUAUUGUGCUGCUCAUGUAACGUGUAUUAGCCAUUUUUAUAAACAGUGAAAGGUAGAUGAACAUUUGAGUAGUUAUCACUAACAACAUAUGUUUUGCGCCCAAUUCCAUCACAUUACUUAUAUUACAAAUCUCUGAAGUGCUGAUGAUAACUCUUUUUUUAAUGUUACAUAGACAAUGGGGAAUUUAUUAUAAAAUACAAAUAAAAUAGAAAUCAAAAACACAAGGUGCUUUUCCCAAAAAAUAUUUCACUGACCAAAUCAUUUUAGUUAGUAAUUGUUUUAAGUGCUGUUCUAGGAUGGUGUAUGGGAUUUAUAAUCAUUGUUUUAUUUCUAAUUUUCAGUAUUGUUGGCCUCAAAACAUUUUUAUGGUCUAAUGUUUUUGUAGUACAUAAUAAGCUGAUCCAAAGAUCAGUUGGUAUAUGGGUAUGUAAUACAAACAUUUUUGAGCUGGUGCUGAAUAGGAAUUUGGCAUGGCUAAGUAGAUCAACCAAGUUUGCACAGAUAUCAUGGUAACAUAGAUGAUAAGGUAGAAAACCUAUAAUCCUAUCGUGUUGAUCCAGAGGAAGCAGAAACCCCUCAUUAGGCAAUGUCAAUUGCUCUGUGCUUGAGGAAAAAAAGUCCUUCCUGACUCCAAAUUUGACAAUCAAAAUAACCAGUGUAGUAUUAUAUUUUUAAGGAAAUACAUCCAGACCUCUCUGGAUGACUCAACCCUCCCCAUAUUGUUUCAAAGGCUUCCUCUUAUGUAAAAAAACAAAACAGGACCAACAUAUGCACAUAGGGAAGGCAGUCAAUUUCCUCAAUUUCGGCAGUUGAUGGCAACCUUAAAGGAGUACUCAGGGACAUAAAAACAUAUCCCCCCCCCCCCCCCGCCCCCGCUGAAACUCAUCACGGCCCCGGCAUGGAACAUGUUGACCACCACAGAAAGCAGCAGCCAACACGACCCCUCUAUGUAGCUUUAUGGGAGGGCUGGAGAUUCCCAAGUGCAGCGCUCCGGCUCUCCCAUAGAGAUUCAUGGCGGGGACGUGUUGGCCGCUGCUUUGUGUGGUGGUCAACAAGCUCCAUUUAGAAGGAGAGCCAGGGCACUGGGUGGGAGAUUGAGGGGGGUACCAGCUGUCAAACACCUGGCGAUCUGAUACUCAUCCCCUAUCCUCAGGAUAUAGGAAUACGUUUUUAUAUAGCGGAGUCCUCCUUUAAAUUGUCAAGAUAAUACUCCUGUGAUGUCAAUGUUGUUGAUGGAAUGAGAGGGUGAAUAGUAAAUCCUUCAGCUAGUAGUUUCACAGAAAAGGUUCAAGUAGUUAAGGUUUUCUAGAAACUUAAUAAAUGUGGAAUAAGGUUCUUCUUUAUUAAGUUCCAAGGAAAAUGCAUGUGGCCAAGGAUGCAUGCAGGAGGACCAAGGAAAAUGCAUGUGGCCUAUUUGGGCAUAUUUACUGGUGCAUCCCUCUCUGAGAGUAGCGUAGCCUACACCUUAACAUGGCUUCACCUUGCGUUGUUAUCUGAAACGUUUAUAAUAAGAAAAGCCAUGGAAAUUUGUUGUAUGGCUUUCCCCUUUCCUUGAUACAAUUUUAAGUGUCCUAGAAAGUGGCUUUAUAAAUAUGUAUCCCAAACAUCAUCUUGCAUAAAAGCAUCAAUGCAAAAAACUGGCAUUAAUGUCUUGAUAGAGCUCUCCUAUUACAGAUUCUAAUUCGUGGCUUUCAUGUGGUUACACUUUUGUGUACUAUUAUACAUUGUAAUUCAGGCAGCACAUUUUGAGACAUCAAAGUUCUGAUAAUAUCAUGCAAAACAAAGGGAUAUUUUAGGGUAACACGGCAAGGAGACAUAAUUGGUAAUCCCAGACAGCCAUGAGUCUGGUAUGUUUUUACUAGACAAUUCAAGAGGCUGUCGUCUUGAUUUUUUUCUUUUCUCCAAAAGUAGUUUUUAUUUAAAUCUGUGGAUUUAUUUGUUCUCUAAGGAGGACGCUUUGCCAAUAGCCUUGAGCAGAGUGGUUACUGUAAUGCAUUGUAUGCCGGUUUUCAUCGCAGAAUGCUUUUAAGCAAAGGCUUUAUUUAACCCCAGACAUCACUUACUAUUAUUUUCUGAAAUUCAUUUAGAGAAGCGGAAUAUAAAUGCACUAUUUUAAUUUAGAACACAGAGAUCCAAACAUUUUGACCAAACACAAGCUGAACUAUCUCCUCCUCCUGACCUUAGAUCCCCCUCACGUUCCCUUUCAUACUGUUUCGGACAGAUAAUCUUAUUCCUGUAGUCAUUGGUUUCAGCAGACAAUUGCCUCCAUUAUUUUAAUCUUUUCAAUCUUAACUACUGAAGAUGCUUGUAAUUUGAAGAAUGCAUUUUAAAAAAAUGCAGCUGGUCUAGUUAUAGUUUCAAAAGAAUUGCGUGUAAUACAAUGUACCUGGAAAUAAGCCAGAACCUGGUGACACCUUAAACUUGGUUCAUAUUUAAAUUAAGGAUUUUAUAUUAACUAGUAAAAAGUUAUGUGGUGAAGAAUAGGCAACAAGCUAAGGAUAUUUUCCUUUAGAACCCUUAGUCCUUAAUCCCAUAGACUAAGGAUAAGAUAAAAAAAAAUUCACAGGGACAAUUUGGACUUGUUAGCCAAAGAUCAUGAAGACCACCAUGUGUGCGAAGGCAAUGAUUGUAAUAUGCCUAACAGUAAUAUAUUUCUAUUAAUAAACUGGACAACAAUCCCAAUAAAAAAUAGUGCCUUUGUAGCUGGUUCUUCUGUGGGCAGAUGGUGAUUACAAGUACAAGUUCUCUACAGUCUAUGGUAAACCUUUUGACAAGCUGUUCCAAAAUUCCAACUACCAGCAUAACCUAUGGGUAAUGUAAAGUCCCAGAAAGAUUAGGUUUCCACACAGGUUUUUUCUGUUUCUUUUGUUUUGUUUUUUUAAACUGUCACUGCCGUUUUUGAGCCAAAGUCAAAAGUUGAUCAAAAGUUGAUCCAGUAGGAAGAAGACCUAUAAAUCCUUCCUUUAUAUUUCCCAUUCCUUUUUGCAUAGACUUCUGGCUUUGGCUCAGAAACUGCAGUGGCAGUUUUCCAAAAAAUAAAAAUGAAACACCAGAAAUAAACCUGUGUGGAAACCUAGGCUAAAGAGGAUAGAACAUUAUAUAUUUCAUUGGAUCUUAUCACUUAUGGGCAAACCACUCUAUCUUUACUUCUGCUAUUGCAGUGGAGAUAGUAGGUAUUAAUUUUCUUGCUCAGAUUUUUGCAGAAUAAUUUUAGUGUUCUUGCUCUUGGACAAGAAAACAUAAUGAUAUGCAUAAAGAUCUGAUGUAUUCUAGUACACAAAUGGCUCUCUUUGUCAGUCAGCAUUUAAAAAUAUUUAGAAUUCAUGACCAUUGUCAUUUGGAAUUUGCCCAAGUGAGAAACUAAUAAUAUCAGAUGUAAUAGAUGUAUAACUGGCUUUACAAAUUUUAUAAAUACUAGGCUGCCGGCAUCACUUGACUGUUCCAGUAAGGGUUUUAGAGCCAUAGUGAACUUUGGAAAACCCCACCUGGGAUCAGUGCAAUCCUUUCAUUUUCAUCAAUGAAUGUACUACGGUAUUAGUUACCUAUUUACUAGCAUCCAGUGACAUAAUUGAUGACAUGAGUCCUAAAAGACAUCAGCAAACCUGUAGCAGUGAUGUCACUUUAAAUUUAAAAUUAUAUCAUGAAUGAGCCUUCUUAUUGAUAAUUCAUCAUUUUCAUCGGUAAAUAUUGAUCAGAUUAUCAAAUUAAUUAUCUUUGGCCACAACCGCUACUAGAUUUGGCGCCAAGUGCACUAGUCAGUUACCUAGAACCCCAAAGUAAUUGCUUGUAACUGCUAAAAACUUUGAAUCUGGCUACAAAAAAAUUGUAAAAAUAGAAGUAUAUGUGUAAAAGGCAAAAAUGUGUAAGUGGUCAAAUUCCACUUUUAUUCAUACAUUUCUAGAAAUGAUUAAAAAAAAUUCUGUUUUUUUGUUAUCCGUAAUUUAUUAUUUUUGUCCAACUAUGGACUUAGUUCAUUUCUUCAACAUUUCUUCUAUUUGUUUAUAAAUGGUUGGAUGCAUUUUCCUUCUUGGCACAGUCCUCAAAAGUGCCCGUAUGAUAAUUCUGGUCAUUUUAAUAUGAAUGAAGAAUGCUUUACCUUGUUAAACUGACCACUAGUUGCCCAGCACCACCAACCAGUGUAAGGUUCUCAUUUUAAAGGGUUCUAUGGUUUUAUAUAUGAAAAAAUUACUUCUUGACAUGAAAACUGUAUGGUUUCAAACUCAGAAGCAUAUUUCAUGCAGUAAUUUUGCCCUUCAGACCAGAUUUUAGUAAGUCCUCAUGCAGUUAGUGAGGCCUCAUGCACACGUAGGCUUUAAAAAGUACCUGUCACCAAAUAAACUUUUGUAAACUAACUCAGCCUAUGUUCCCUAACUACUCCUAACACUCCUUCCACCCUUAAAAAAAGUUUAGUUGAGCUUUAAAAAGCUUUGUAUCAUACCUUUAUUCUUGCUCAUAUAGUGCAAUCUCUCAGCAGCAAUAAGUGGGCAUUUCCCAGCAGGCAUGAUAUCACUGAAGCCUGCUGGGGGACCACUUCUACCCUCACAUGCUUGCAAUGCUGUGAUAAAUAGAAGACCUCAGGCUCUGUGCAUGUUUCAGUGAGGCUCUGUGCAGCUUUAAAUGAGGCUCUGUGUAGCUUUCAGUGAGGCUCUGUGCAGCUUUAAAGGGGUUAUCCAGGAAAAAACUUUUUUUAUAUAUCAACUGGCUCCAGAAA